AUGGCGGCAGAAGACUCACCGGAGGCCGUGGAAGGUACCCAGCAAGUGCUGCUCAUUGUCCUGUCCGUGGUCUUCAUGGUCGUUACGGCUGUCGGCAUCAACUUUCGACUCUACGCCCGAAUAUGCGUCUCGAAGAAGGUGUUCCUUGAAGAUGGACUCAUAUUGGCUGGAACACUGUUUGCAUUUGGCCUCUCCUCUGUGUACACGGUAGCAGCCUACCAUGGCUAUGGCAAGCACGUCCGCGAUAUAACACGUCUGAGUGAUCUAGCGCUGCUACAUAAACUCUCUUUCGCGAUACCAAUGCUUUAUCUGGCAGCUAUGCUACUGAUACGAGGGUCCUUUCUGGCUCUCUACCAUCGUUUGGACCAUCGGAAACCCAUGCGAUGGACAGUCUACGGCCUUCUGGCCAUCAUCGUAGCGCAGGCCGUAUCAGCAGCUAUCGUUCAGAGCAUGUCGUACAUCCCGCCGUCCAAGAUAUGGUCAGAUCCCGGUUACGACAGUCGGCAUGUAUCGCCAGGUACUACUCAAGCUUUCUACAACGCCAAUGGAAUCAUCAUGGCGACCACAUCCUUGGCAAUCUACACCGUGCCAUUCUUCAUGCUCCACAAUCUGGAAUUGCCUAGUCGACAAAAGUGGGCAGUGGGCGCACUUUUCGCUCUAGGGUUCUUGUCCGUCAUCGCAACCUGUAUCAAGAACUACUACGCCUGGAGUCUCUUCACCGACCCAGAGGUCUUCUACAAGAUGACCAAGACAGGUAUCUGGGACCAAGUAGAAGUCCACCUCGCCAUUCUCUGCGGCUCAGCACAAUCGUUCAGAGUCUUACUCAAAGACGUCUUCCCACGAUGCUGCCGCAGUCCCAGCGACACUGCAUCACAGCUCUCACCACCCGUGGUCUGGCCACCUCCAACAUCGAUGACUUACCGCAGCGACGGCAGCCCGACCCACGACAGCUGGCGAGGAUGGGACGGGUCCAGUUCCUCGAAUCGCUGUGACUCAGCGCUCAGUCAUGCUAGUCAGGGUUCGAAGCAGGUGGUGGAGAUCUGGAAGAACUCUGGUGUUGCCACGAUGCCGGCCGGGAUGCAACAGCAGUAUCGACAGUAUCCCAGCAUCAGUACAAGGCUCGGCGCAAGCAAUAGCGCUUGGAUUUUUCAGGCUGCCACGAAUAAGAGGUUCACUCCGCCGUGGCCGCUGCCGAAUGUAUAG